AUGUCGCGGAUGUACGCCGCCGGUAGUCGCGGCUCGGGGCCACGUCCGAACGAGGAAGGACGAACUCCGAAAGAAGACAGACGAAGUGCCGGAACGGGGCUGUUUUGUGUCGGCUACGCAUGCAAAUACUUUUGCAGUGAAGAAGAGUGGAAAAACCUCGACAAGCGACUCAUCCCUCUCAACGGGGAUGAAGACAACCUCGUCGACAGAUACGACGUACGCCUUCUCCUCUCUGACGCGGAUGCCUUCACCAAAAAGAAAAGAACCUACACGAGCGACCAGCUUCGCGAGAUCUUAGAGGAGACUCCAGCUCUAGAUAGAGAGCGCUACCGAGAUUUGCCCCCCUCGAAUUUGUUCGAAGAAGACUUCCUAGAGCGUCUCGCAGGCGCCCGCGAAGGCAGCGAAGAGGCGUGGACACCGACGCGCGAGUUACAGCAGUUGCGGGAAUCGCGGCAAGAGAGGCGGGAUAGAGCUUCCCGCAAUGGCGAGGAAAAUGCUCCAACAUCCCAUGAAAGGCCGGCGCCUCUCGGCGACGAGGACGCCGCGUUCAGGCUCGGCGACAUGUCAGCCGUUCCCCCGCCGGCCUCGCUGGAUGGCCCGGGCGAGAGCGAAUCUGUGCGCUCGCCCCGGGAGGGCGCCAAGGGCCGAGGCGGCAGCCAGAGCGAAGACGAAGACAGAGACGUGAGCGAAGAGAGAGAGGAGACGGAGGAAAGAGAGACGCAACGAGGAGAGAGGGAGGCGGAAGAUGAAGGAGGGAGGACGCAGCGCUCUCGUAGACGACAGGCCUUCGGGAGAGAAGACGAAGAAAGCGACAGACGAAAGCGAUCGAGGGAAGACGAGGCAGAGACGCGAAGGUCAUCAGAGACUCCGGGCGUGAAACGGGAAGAAGACGCGUUGGAAGACGGAGAAACCUCGGCGAGCGAAGAGGCCGAAGCCGGCGCUCAUCCCAGAGCCGCGUCCCCGGCCACUGCGCGCCGACAGCGAAGCGCAGGCACGGACGGCACGGAGACACCGGGGGGAACUCGCAAAGGCCGAGAGAGGCGCGAACCCCGGGACGGGAAGGGAACGCGGAGCGGCAGGAGGGGAGUUGGCGAGACUGAAUUCGACUCCGCCGGCAUGGAAGAAGAGCUGGAGUCCAGAAACCACGGUGCCGAGGCUGCGCUGCGUGGACACCCGUCGCGGCCCUGUCGAACGGCCAGGGUGCACGAGGCAGAAGACGCAGCCGAGAGAGAAACACGCAGCGACGCUCCUUUCGUACCUCCGUUCCCCAUCCCGCGAGACAAAGUUCCGCACCUGCCACGCUCGCUCAAGGAACACCUCGUCAUUGAACGCACAGCCCACUUUGUUCGAACCGAGGGAAGCCGCAUGGAAUUCCGCCUCAAGCUGGACGCUGCAACGAGCAGUCAGCUGUGUUUUCUUUCCGUCGAUCAUCCGCUGCAUCCGUACUACGCGUAUCUUCGCCAGACGGGCGAGGCGUUACUGCUCCACGCGCCAGGUCGUCUCCCGCCGAAACUUCUCUUCCUGUCGAAACUGGUGUACACACACCUGCCGGCCUCGUCCUCGGCGUCGAGGGAAGCUCGGAAGGACGAGGGCGUCGCGAAGACCGCCGGCGGCAAAAAGGAGCGGGUCGAGACGGAGGAAGGUCGGGCGGCAGGAGACAGAAGAGACGCGCCCCACGAAGGCGAACCAGGGACGGAGACUGGGCGGUUGCUGGCGUGCGGCGACGCAGCAGCCGGCGGAGUGUCGCCUCGAGGGCGGAGAGAGGAGAGGGACAGAGAGGAGCGCAACAGAGAGGCCAGAGACUCCAGACUGCCGCCGGAGGCGCGGAGGCUGAUAGGUCCCGAAGCGGAGUCAAGCACGGCAAACGGAGAGGCAGACCGAACGGCAGGGAAGGGCCGUGUCGGCAGCGACCCGAUCAGGAGCGCGCGGGAAGACAGCCAAGCCGCGCCGGCGGAAAAUGCUCUUUUCCAGGCUGCGGAAGAAGACGGGGGCGUGAGUCUCCUGAUGUCGUACGGGACUGACGAUGAAGACGAGCAGCUGGAAGCAGAGGCGCGAGACGAAGCGCGACCAAAGACGGGCGGCGAAGAGCGAGAAAACGGAGGCGAUGAGAACGCGCAACAGCCAGUUGUUUGUCUUGCGCCAGGGGAGAGCCGUGGAGUUCACACCUCGCCAGGGGGUUCAGAGCGUGAGGCGGCGGCAGAGUCUGAGACGCAGCCGCCUGCUGCGGAAGAAGCGUCGGAGGCCGAGGACGAGCUCGAUCCAGUGUGGCAGAGCGGGACGAAGUUGCGCGUGGCCUUCGUCUUGGAGCGACGCAAGCGGAAGCGGCCAGCGGGCGGCGUCCAGGGGCGAGGAGACAGCGAGAUGACGCAAAGGCCAGGCGACGUUUUUGGCGGCGCGGGAGACGGCGAGAGUCGCGACUGGACUGGGGACGAAGAAGACCCGGCCGCUGUCGCGGAGGCCUUGGCCGAGCUGCCUCCUCUCGCCUGGGCCAAGGCGAACGCGAAGCUUCAACUCAAAGACGUGGAGUCUCUGAUCAUUCACCAGAUUGGCUGCUGGCUGCUUGCAAAAGGCGACGAGGCGAUUGCCGAAUUUGCUCAGCAGAUGACCACAGAGGACCCGCGUUUCUUCUUCCUCAAACGCGACACUCUGGCGUUCUGCUACUUCAAAUACGUGCUACGCUGCGUGUGCCGGGAGAAGCAAAGGCAGGCAGACGGCGCGAAGACGCCUCUCCCGCUCAGGCUCCACCCCGUGGCGCGGGCUUUUCUCGCGCGUCUGCGCUUCGAGCACCAUUUGGCGCACAAAACCCCGGCCCCGGAUGCGAAAACUCAGUCGAGCGAGGUCCUCACGCAAGACGCGAUCAACGAAAAUGCGGCGGCGGCUUCAGCGGCGUCUGCCGCUGCCGCCGCUGAAGCCGCGGCGAUCGAGGAGGCGCGGGCGGCUGAGGCCCUGGCGAGGAGACACCUCGCGCUCUCGGGUCUCUGCGGAGACGCGGGUCCGGUGUCUCCAAGUCCUCUGGCGGAGGCAGGCGCGGUCGCGCCACGUGCGGCCGAAGGCGUGCCCACGUCUCUCGGGACUCACGAGGAAAACCCCGCGCCGUUUCGCCUCUCCGCAGAGCAGCCCACGCCUCACGACCUGGCCGCAGAGACCGCAAGCGCCACUGCCUCCCUUGCCGCGUCAGGGGGCUCCACGGGCGCGUCUCCGGAUGCCGCGGUGCCGGCGGGCGGAUCCGUGUGGGGCGCUGUGGGGUUGCCAGCUGUGGAGGGUUUCCCGGCAGAUGCACUGUGCGAUCCCGCUGCUCUCGUGACGCGGGCGAUUGCGAAUCCCGCGUUGAUGCCGGCGGCUGUUAAUCUGGUGACGCAGGAAAUGGGUGUGGCGAGUGCGGAAGGCGACGCUCCGAGAUACGCCAUGUUGUACGCAGCCUACUGUCAACUGUGUGCCUACGCGACUGCAGUGAGACCCAGUAGUGCGUCUCCGGAAGUCUCGCUCGCAGGCGGAUCCCAUGCAGAUGGCGGUUUCUUCGCGCGGGAGACUCCCGACGAGGCCGCCAAGAAGUGA